AUGAUUUUCUCGCCAAUCGGCGUGGUUCUUUUCACUCUCACGGCGUUCCCUGUAACCUAUGGUUAUAACUAUAUACUCAAGUACACCGGUGACAAUCAUUGGACUGUGUUCGGGGUAGCAGUCGCUGUCUUGAUAGUUUUAUGCUUUGUCUUUUACAUAUUGAGCAAACUAUCUGACCAAAAUGAAAGACCAAGUGAUCCACUGUUCUACGUGUUUUUGGUGCUGUCUUUUACGGCAUUGGUAGAUCUUAUAAUAAGUCUAGAAAUUGAUGGGUAUAUUCAUGGAUUCAUGGAAUUCUAUUUAAAAGAGGGCGAGCCAUAUCUAAAUACUGCCCAUGGUAAACUGUGUGUAUACUGGGAUGGUACCGUGCAUUACGUCACACAGAUGUCCAUUGCCAUACGAUGUCUGCAAAAAAAAAACUAUGAUCACCUCGCCCUCUAUUGGUCAGGAUCGCUUGGGAAUAUCGUACUUGUUUAUAUACUUGGUACCAUGACAGGUAGUCACGCCGGUGAAAUUAAAGCAUCAUUUUUACUGACGGUUCCGUAUUUAAUCAUCCCAGUGGUUAUUGGCUGCAUUGUGAUUAGGAGAAGAAUGUUAGCGGUAAAAUUUGAUAAUCGCAAGGUUCGCAUUGCAUACCAACAAGAUAUUUUAACUCGACCAAUGGAUAUCCUGCUCAUCACCUACUUGAUAUUUUCAACGUUUAUUACUGUUAUACGUGGCUUGGCGGCACUGGAUUGCACGUGGCCAUCAGUGCAGAAUUACGUAACUAAGUAUGAACCGUACAUCGGAGAUCCAAUAGGUUACCCACGGAUUCAAAUGCUGGUGUACCUGUUGUAUUUUGUACCCUUCUAUGCAUUCGCUAUAUAUGGGCUUGUAGUACCUGGAAAUACAUGGAUGCUGAACUGGUCCCUAAUAUAUGCAGGGGUGACUAGUCAGUCACAAAUCAUACACUUGUGUGCGGCGUUUCAUAAACUCACAAGACCCGCCUUCCACCCACCUCGCCUAGGCAGAGAAGGAUUUAUAUUGGUUAACAUCAGCCUGCAGGUUAUACCACAACUGUUGGCAUGGAGAUGUAACAAUUAUCCCGAAAUCUUUGCGGCGUUACCAGAAGAUUCAAGUGACACAGUGAAGGCAAAGAAAGAAUGA